CGCGGUGUUCGUGAAAGCCGCGCGGCGUGACCAACAACUCAAGACGCGUACACCUCAACACCCACAACAUGUCUUCCACACACAAGGAGUACAUUGCGCGCCCGCCCAAGAAGAGGCCACUGGCGCUGUUCAACUACACCCUCGACUCUAACACGGAGGAUGACGAGAACAUGCAGCCUCAGGACCUCAGUAUGAAGAGUCGUCGAGUACACACGCCUACCACGCCCAUCACCCCGGUGACCCCGCCCGUGAUGCUGGCUCCCACACCCCUGCCUUACCCUACCAAAUCAUCGGCCACGCCCACCUCAACCCUAACACCUCGCCGUCCCGCUGACGUCACAGCCUUGCUUGGGUUAGUUGGGGGCAACAUCAGCAUCGCCGCCAAUAUCACCAACACCCACAUCACCAACAACAACAUCACCAACAAUAGCAUCACCAAUAACAGCAUCACCAGCAACAGCAUCACCAACAACAGCAUCACCAACAACAGUAUCAGUAACAACAACAUCACCAACAGCAGCAGUGUUAGUAGCUACAGCAGCAGUAACAGCAGCAGCACCUUCAGCACCAGCUUCAACACUGGCAGUAAUAGCUUCAUGAGCAGCGCUGGCCUGCGUCUCAUCAGUGAGGUGGCGGCAGCUUGUGGGCGUCCAACAGUGCUACGGGCUCCUGGAGGGACGCCCACCACCCACACCAGCCCCUACGCUCCCCCCACCCCGAGGGACCCUCUUCGUAAUGUGCUGAGGGAGCGAGGUGUGGGGGUCCGCCCGUGGCACUACCACCCCUAUCUUCCUCUAGGUGUGUACGGCCUCCCCUCACCACUUCAGUCCGCCCACACGCCCACCUCCCAUAGGGAUGUCUCCAGUCCAGCAGCUCGCUCUCGGGGUGGGUCUGUGUCGCCCCCGGGUGAGGCAGGGUCGAGCAGCAGCGAGAGCAGCCCCGAGGGACAACAGGAGGGUCGUGGACCCCGCCUGGCUUGUCCAGACUGUGGUCGACGCUACGCUACCAUGGCCGGCCUGGCCAAGCAUCGGCAGUUCCACUGCCUGAAGGACGCGGGUCGGUCUUUCGCGUGCAAACACUGUGACAAAGUGUACACAAGCCUGGGUGCCCUCAAGAUGCACAUCCGCACCCACACAUUGCCUUGCAAGUGUCAGCUCUGUGGCAAGGCCUUCUCGCGGCCCUGGCUGCUGCAGGGGCACAUCAGGACCCACACCGGUGAGAAGCCCUUCCAGUGUCCGCAGUGUGACCGCUGCUUCGCUGACCGCAGCAACCUGCGGGCACACCUCCAGACUCACACAGAUGUUAAGAAAUAUGCGUGCAGGACCUGCCCUAAGACCUUCUCCCGUAUGUCAUUGUUAGUAAAACAUGAAGACCACGGUUGUCCUGGCGUGCGUCCCACGAGGCCCUUAGUUCUGACCCAGGCUUCACCCGUCGCCCUCUGACCAAACACAACACACACAUACACCCAAACACAAUCACGCACACAUUCACAUGCAGACUGAGUGCUACUUUCAGUGAUAUUACAAAACGUGCCAAGAUGUGAAAACUUAUUGAACAGUAUUAAACUAGAGUUGUGAACCUACCAGUGACCUAUCAAAGGUAAGGUUUAAAUUAUUAGUUAUCGUGUAAACAUGACCACUGUGUCUCCACUGUGGAGGGAGACACGUGGUUAGCUGUGCUCGAGUCAACGUAUGAGGUGCCAAAGUGUCACUCAGUGCCAGGGAUAGCGCUGUGUCUAGUCAAGCCACACCCAGUGUUGGUCGCCCGCCUCAGAGCCUCUGGCUUAAUAUGUGUAACACUAAGUAUGGGGACACCGUAAACGACAAACUACUCGGCGCCAUUCAUAAAAGGAUUCAUCAUGUCUCAAGAUGCUCUAUUAACAUCAUUUUAUGGCUCUAUAAAUCUUAAUGAACCUAACAACAUUUUCAUGGGAGUCAAGUUUGAGCGGUGAGUGGACAAUACCGGUGGGAUGUGUUAGAGGUGGCCCAGUGUGUGAACGGCCAGGUGUGAGCCUCGCCAGGCGGGUUGUCCUCAGCUUUACCCGAGACCCUCAGCACCAGCACCGUGGGUCUCCUCAACGUACCUGCAUUCCACCAGUCCCACCUAUUGUAGUCUCGCUGGGGGGAAGAGGCGGCUGGGAAGAAAGGAAGGGCAGCGUGAGAGUCCACCCUGAGAAAGAAGGGAAGAGGGAGAGAGCGGGUCGGAAAUGGGGGAAAGUGUAAGAGGAAGGGUUAGGAAUGGAGGAGAUUAGUGAGUGUGAGGAGAGAUUAUGAAUGAGAGGGUAGAGUGACAAUAUAAAACUUAAGGUGAAGAACAUGUGAAACACCCAAGAGACGGAGAUUAGUAGAACUUGUGCACAUGUUUUAAUUGUAAGCAGUUUGUUGUCAACGGAUAAAUCAUGUAAGACUAAUUCCUGCUUCCCCCAAACCACUGACCGUAGCUCGAGGACUACAGUAACCUCUCGUCCAUAAGUAUGAGUGGCAGCCUCUCUACCCCAGUGAGAAACUUUGUGAAUUAUGCCUGUUAGAGGUUUAUUGAGACAUUAUGGUGAGACUAAUAAGACUUUUGGUGUGACCCUAGACUGUGUCAACGAUACUUCCUGAAUCUGUCUUUAUUAUGCCUUAUGUAUAUGAGCUGCUCUGCUCCUCUCACUCCUACAUGGGACUUCUACAGUGACACGUCUCGUAUAAACAUUCAAGUGUCAGAGCUGCUGUGUGGUCACGUGUAGGGGGCAGGGGGGACAGAGAAUCACCACUGUGCCAAUCAUAUUCGGUGCCUUCUUCAGUACUCACUGUCUUCCUGUUGUAUAUGCAAAUUUGGUUACUAUAAAAUAUUCUUAUACUGUACUAUGCAUAUCUAAAGUAUAUCUAUAUUUUAU